CGCCUCGGAUUCCCCCUCCUUCUGACUCUUUGCGACUCCUCCUUUCAUUUCCUAUCGUAUGGAUCUUUUCCCCGUUGUUGCGCUGGUCACCAUCAUCCUUUGAGUGCCGUGCUCACCAUUGGCUUGCCGUCCCACAUCUCCACCUUCUUCCCCGGCUCCAUCAUGGCUCUUUGCGACCUCUGUUGAUUUGCCUCUUAAAAUUGCUCCCUCCCCGGUUACCUUUCUACCCUGGCUCUGGCUCAGUGGUUGCACGUUCCGCCUGCAGGAAUGUUCAUCGCCCGGUAUAUAAUUCUGAACACUGGCUGAUUUCCCCUGCUCUGGCCCCAACCGAUACGAAUUGGCAACAUAAUCCGAUUGCCUAUUGCCAUUAGUGAGCGGUGGUUCUUCACACCACCCCCUGGUGAAGCAUUUCUUAUUUCGCGCUGAGCGACCGCGAGAAUGUCAAGUCGAGGCAUUCUUGACGGCCAAUGGGCCGAUCAAUACAAGUAUAUGCGGUCGUCCGCAUCCUCAUUCUGGCUGCAACAUCUCCACCCUCGUCGCUUAAGAGCUCGUCCCAUCAGGAUCUUCUUUCUAUUCGUAGCAUGUUUUUUCUUGCUCACCUUAUGGUCGCGCUCAUCCAGCGAUCCAUCGAUUAACUUCUGGGUAAAGUACCCAUCCUAUCCUCCGACGCGACAGCGCCCUGAAGAUACGCCAAUGCUCCUUAGUGGGCGACAUGCCAUGAAUAAGAACGAGACCGCCCCUCUGGGCCUAGGAAGGUCGGCGCCGUCCUUUCACCUCCUUAUACCCGUGUCGCACAAAUCAGCUUCGCUCUGUCGCACCGUGACGUCGUCGAUGAUCCUGAACUACCCACCGCCGACCCUGAUCAGCUACGGAAAGUCCACUUCGGACGGGAGCACAGAAUACUCCGCUAUGGUAGACAGGAUCGCGGGGAUAUACAAUUACCUCGCAUACAGCACACAGUUGAAUGACGAUGAUCUGGUCCUCAUUGUCGACUCGCAGGAUGUGUUUUUCCAGUUGCCUGCAGAGGUGUUGGUUCAGCGUUUUCAGGACCUGCUACGGGAGACCAACGAGAAAUUGCUACGCAAAUACGGCACCAUAACCCUGGACCUGCCCUUUCGUAAAGAAGGCAAACAGACUCUGCAAAAAUACUCUCAGAGAGUCUUGUUUGCCGCUAGCAAGACGUGUAUAUCGAGUCAUUCUCAGGAUCCAGGUUGCGUGACGGUACCGCAAUCGAGUUUGCCUCCUGAUGCUUACGGUUGGAAGACCGACACGGAAGGACACUUGAAUCGACCACGGUGGCUCAAGCCUGGCGCAGUCAUGGGCCAGGUGGGUGACUUACGGCUCAUAUACGCCGAGAUAUUGCAUUACGUCCAUCAGCACCGCAACUCGCGGGGAGACUAUCUGGCGAUGACCCAGAUGUUUGGGCGCCAGGAAUAUUUACGCGAGCUGGAACGAAGAAACAGCGUCAGCAGGCUGAAAGAAUGGCUCUAUCGUCGGAUCGGCAUCUCGGAUGCGUCAAAUCUCACUGGAGCCAUCCCGCCACGCUUGACAGCGGGCACUCGGUAUGAGUAUGGCAUCGGGGUUGACUAUGAAUCCCGUUUGUUCUUCAACAUGUUCAACGCCAAGAUGGAUGUCGAAUGGCUCCACUAUCACAACGUGAGCACGACUUCAGCGGUGCAGAUGAAGCAUGGCGUGCCCAGAGAGAGACGUCUCAUGCUUCCCGAAGACCUUGAUCCCGUGAAACUCGGCAAUCCAUUUGUUCAGCCCCGAUUUACGAAGGAUGACUGGCCAAACCCCCCUUGGAAUGCUACACUGGACAAGCUGCCAAAUUAUCGCAACCACACGUGGCGUGAUCUUCCAUUAAUGACAAACAUCCAUUCGGCAUCUGUCCCAGCUCUGCUACAUCUCGACGGGGAUAAAUCUGUUCGUGACAAAUGGUGGUCGGAGAUGUGGUACCAGCCAUGGGCCCGGGCACUUCUCCGCAAGUACAUGCGCACCAGCUCUGGAUUUGACGCCUCUCAGUCUGCCUUGAUGGGCGGCCAAGAAUGGUGGGACAUGCGUGGCGGCAAGGGAGGCCUGUGGACGGACAAGGGUGAGUGGCUCAAUUAUGGCGAGGUUUGCGGUAGCUAUACCAGGGAUGUGUUCGACGAUGAUCUUGGGCCAUUUGGCCAGGAGAAUGGAGAGGAUGCCGACGAGCCCGUCUACAACCAGUUCGGGAAUGUUAUCAAGGGUAAAGAGGAUCUGGCCUCUACCCCGUGGUAGACCGCUCCUCUUGGAUCUCAGAGACUGGUUUUCUGAGGUCCGAGCCCACAGAGAGGCGGAUGAGACGCGUGCUGGCUGACGAUCUCAUGUAGUCGCCAGGCGUGAUCGAUUCUCGUUGCACAUAUUACGCGAUUGGCGCCACGGAGCGCAGCAAUAGUCCGGUCAUGAGUCAUGGCUGUGCAUAUAUUCCCACGGUGUUGGGCUUUCCUUAUUUGAAUUAGCGAAUUAUGUUGUCUGCUUCGCUGUGAAACGUGGCAUGCCUUUAGAGCAGCCACUUUGAAAUGGCUAGCGUCCUCACUUGGACUGCGCGGAAGCAGUAGCCACUGCAUAUAACUCACCAGAGAUACCAAUCUUGUAUAGAUAGAUAGAGC